UGCUGCUGUUGGACCUGUGGUCUGAUCUGAUCUGACGCACUGAGCUCAAUCUGGAGAGGUUGAGGUCACACACACACAGCGCUCGAGACCAAACGCAGCAUGAUCCGCCAAAAACGGGGCAUUUCGAGCAGAAUACCUGAGGUUCUGAGGUUAAGUCCCCUGAAAUAUCCGGACGCUGAGCUCUAAAGAGAAAAAUGCAUGAUCUAUGAUGAACUGGGAUGUGGUGGUUCACCUGCUCCUGUAAUAUCCCCAUAAAACAAUGGCUUGCCGGGCUGGAUGCUGCUGCACCGGCAUCGGGGCUCUGAAUGAAGAUAACGCCAGAUUCCUCAUGUUGGCUCUGCUGAUCAUCAUCUACCUGUUGUGUGGCGCAGCGGUGUUUUCGGCGCUCGAGCAUCCGAAGGAGAAGCUCGCCAAAGACAGAUGGGCUCAGAGGAUCGAGCAGUUCACCCACAAGUACAACCUGAGUCCGGACGAGCUGAAGAACUUCCUGAGGAACUAUGAGGAGGCCAGUGUGGCGGGAAUCCGCGUGGACGCCACCAGACCCAGGUGGGAUUUCGCGGGAGCUUUUUAUUUCGUCGGAACUGUGGUUUCAACUAUCGGUUUUGGGAUGACGACACCCGUCACUAUUGCUGGGAAGAUAUUCCUAAUCUUUUACGGGCUUAUUGGUUGUGCAGCCACCAUUUUAUUUUUUAACCUCUUCCUGGAACGUGUCAUCACAGUGAUCGCAUUCGUUUUGAAGUUCUGCCACGAGCGCAGAGAACGCAGCAAAGCCGGACCCCCUCAAAACUGCCGGCGACCCUCCACCGACAGCAGAGGGCGGCGCACGGACAGCUUGGCCGGAUGGAAACCCUCGGUGUACUGCGUCAUGCUCAUCUUAGGAGUCGCUGCCAUCGUGGUCUCCUGCUGCGCGUCCGCUAUGUACUCGGCAGCCGAGGGUUGGGACUACCUGGACGCCCUCUAUUUCUGUUUCGUGGCUUUCAGCACCAUUGGUUUUGGGGAUAUGGUGAGCAACCAGCGGGAGAUGUACACAGCUCAAGCGGCCUACAGGGUGGGCAACUUCCUCUUCAUCCUCACAGGGGUGUGUUGCAUCUACUCGCUGUUCAACGUCAUCUCCAUCGUGAUCAAGCAAGUUCUCAACUGGCUCCUGCGGAGGCUGGUGACUCCCUGCCGCUGCCCGGGUCGAGGGAACCGCCAUCCACGGAGGAACGUGGUCGCUCCUGGCCACAUGAGGACCAGACGGGACAACUCCAUCGAGACCGAUGCAGUCAAUGACAGCGAGGCGGAUGGACGGCGGAUGUCUGGAGAGAUGAUCUCCAUGAAGGACUUUCUGGCCGCUAAUAAAGUUAAUCUGGCCAUCAUGCAGAAGCAGCUGUCAGAGAUGGCCAACGGACAUCCUCGUCCAUUAGGGAGCAGCUCACGUCACAACGAGUUCUCCGGAGGGGUCGGAGCGCUGGGAAUCAUGAACAACCGACUGGCAGAGACAAGUGUAGAUAGAUAAAUCCAGCAUUUAGACAUGUGAAGUAACCAGACGACCUCCACAGCAAAGCGGGACCACUUUUUUGGACAACAAAGACAAGCAAACACCAUAACUCUCGUCUUUUGGGUCUCAUUCACUAAUAGUUGUGUAGAAACGCUCUUCUGUACAUACACAGACAAGGUUAGCUUGGAAAGUGUAUGAGGUGGACUGACAACAGGUGUGUACCAGGAUUAUUACAGUUAACAAAAAUAAAUAAUUUUUUUUUACUUCAAAUAAAAU